AACUAUAAGACGCGCUGCCCUCCCGAUCCUUACGGCCAGGAGAUGUCCGACAAUGCACGGAUAUGGUCCAUCUACCUUGACGAAGCCACCGAGUUUGACACCAAUAUGUUGGCAGAGUGGGGGGAUGCCAUUGAUGUCCUACUUAUCUUUCUGAGUCACGGGUCUCUUUCAAAAAUUGGACUUCCAAUGGCGGGUCUUUUUUCUGCAGUACUCACAACAUUCGUCGCACAAACGUCACAAUACAUGCAACCAAAUUACAACCAGGCAUCUAUACUUCUUAUCUUUGAAAUCCUUAAGGUCACCACAUCGAACGGCUCCCAAUAUUCUAUUCCUUCCUCCCCUACUACCUUUUCUUCUCCCAGCCAUCCCGAUGAGUGGACGAACAGCUUGUGGUUCAUCAGCUUGACUCUCAGUCUCAUCACUGCCCUAGUCUCCAUUUCGGUAAAGCAAUGGCUCCAUCAAUAUGUCGCCGUUGUUUCUGACAGCUUUGCGCGUAAGCACGCAAAAAUCCGACAGGUGCGAUACGCUGGACUAGAGACUUGGCAGGUACCCAAGAUCAUUGGUUUACAGAGAACUCGCUGUUCUGCUCAAGUAGACAACUGCACCAGUGGGACGCGAGAGGCAUAA